AUGCGAACCGGCAUUUACCCCAUUCCGAGUAUCACCUAUAGAUUGCUUCAUGAAAUCUUAAAGAACUUGGGCGAGUAUAACAGAAUAAUUGCCAUUACUAUUAAAAAUUAUUCGACGCAAAUAGUUCUUGAGGACCCUAAAGUAUAUUUUCAAAAUGGAACGGCAGAUUCUAAUCUUCCUUUGAAUCGAGUUACAAAUGGUAAUGGCCUGGUUUGGAGUGCCCGUAAGAUUUCAGGCGCGAUGUUUGGAACCAGGGGAGUUAUAGUUUAUCAUAUUAAAGAUCGUAAAGUAUCUUUAGUCUUUAUGUGGUCUGUUCCUUUUAACUCCGUCUUUUACAAAAAUUUAUGGAAUGUUAAAGUUUAUGAUGGAUUUGUCAAAGCUAAUCAGGACUUAAUCGAUCAUUUAUGCCAUGACAAUUCUUAUUACGGAGACAGUAGCGUUUAUCAUGGCACCAUUUGUUCUUAUUUGCGAUGCGUAGGAUCUAUGGGAGCUUCUUCAACGCCUACAGUUGAGGCAAAACCACGAAAAGUUAAGACGGGUGGCAAAAAUUUGAAGCGGCUGGCAAAUGAUUCGCCAGGUGAUAAAAUUUCAACUGAUAGUAAACCUAUCAAAACCUUUAAUAGGUUUUGCCUCGAAACAAGUGUAGCAGAAAUAUUAGAUGCUGAGUUUCGAAUUAUUUUCCCACACGGGGAACGAGGCUCGAUAUUACAAGCCAAAACCCUAUUUGGCAUUGAUUUCUUUGUGAAGAGGUACUAA